UGGCGUCGGUAGCGUUGCUCGGAGACUCGGGCUGCGACUCCGUGGCUUGUGCGAUUGUGGCUUGCACACCCUGUCACUGUUAGCAGGGGUUGUAGUGCCUGGUGGUGUGUCAUACCGUUUCUUGGCGAAGGAAGCCGCUAUCCACGCUCACGGCAUGAGCGCUGGAUACCCUCAAGCUGCACUCUUGGAGAUGUCCAAGGUUGGGGAGACGCCAACACCCCAGGACGUCGCGGACUACGGAGAGCCGCGCAAGUUCGACCCUGGUUUUAAGGGACCCCUCAAGAACCGGAGCUGCACAGACAUCAUCUGCCUCUUCCUGUUUGUCUUCUUCCUUAUUGGAUGGGCCAUUGUGGCAUUCUUUGCAUACCGCAAUGGCAAUCCUGAGCGCCUCAUCUACCCUACUGACAGCCAGGGCAACAUCUGUGGCCAGCCGCCCUUUGAGGACAAGCAGUACCUGUUCUUUUUCGACAUCACUCAGUGCCUUAAAAGGGCCUACAAGCCUGGUGACCUGUUGCCUUCGCUCAUCUGCAACACUCCCCAGGUGUGCGUGUCAUAUUGUCCCAACGAGACCUUCUUGGUCAGCAAUGUCAAAAGGGAUGAGGACAACAUUCGUUCCAAGCUCAUAUGCCAGUAUGGUGUGGAUCCACUCGACAAGCAAACGUACCGGACUCUCCAGGACCUGACUGGAAAGGACCAGAAGUGUGCCGCUUAUUAUCUCAAGAGCAGCAGCGUGGCCAGGAGAUGCCUUCCUGGAAGACUGGAGCUCGAUGACAAGGGAAGAGUCAAGGAUGUGCUCAACGAUGGAAUUGUUGAAAUGGUCACAGUUUCUAGGCUUGCUAGCAAAACCAAGAGCUCUAUUGAACUGAUCCUUGCAGGCUUGUCGAGUGCAAAGGACGUUGGCGAACUUGCCUUCCAAGACUUCAAGACUGCAUGGCCUCACAUGCUCAUUGGGCUUCUGUGUGCCAUGCUGGUGGCCUUCCUCUGGAUAGCCCUCAUGCGCUGGCUGGCAGCUGUCAUGGUUUGGCUCAGCAUCCUCUGCCUCGUGCUGCUCUUCUCCUUUGGCUCCUACUACAGCUUCAGCAAGUAUGUCGAGCUGCGCAACAGCUCGGACAGUGGCAGCGAGAACCUCAUCAAGCAGUUCGACGUGUCCGUCUCAUUUACACAAAAUCUGCGGGCCUACACUGCCAACAAGAACACCUGGCUGGUUCUGGGCAUUGUGUCGGUUGUGAUCCUGAUUGUGCUGUUGCUUCUGCUGAUCUUCUUGCGAAAGCGUAUCGUCAUUGCCAUUGCUCUAAUCAAAGAAGCCAGCCGAGCGGUGGCCCUGAUGCCCUCGGCUCUCUUCUUUCCCAUCCUGCCGUACCUGCUGCACCUGCUGCUGUUUGCCUUUUGGGGCUCGGUGGCAGUAUACCUUGCAUCUAGUGGCACAGCAGACUUCAAGUACAUGAACAUGACUGGCGGAAAUAACAGCAUGACUGGAGAAAGCUGCUCCAUAGAGGAGGCCAACAAGACAUCUUCGCUGUCCCAUCUCAAGUGCCAGUUCACGCAGUAUGUGGCCAACCAGCACCUGUCACGGCUGCAGAUCUACAACUUCAUUGGCCUCAUCUGGGGCAUGUUCUUCAUAGUGGGGCUGGGUCAGGUGGCACUGGCUGCAGCCUUCGCCUCCUACUACUGGGCCUUUCGCAAACCACAGGAUGUUCCUUUCUUUGCUGUGCUCCAUGGACUAUGGAUCACUGUCCGGUACCACCUGGGAUCAGUUGCAUUUGGUUCCCUCAUCCUGACCAUUGUGCGUGUCAUCCGAAUUGUGCUCGAGUACAUUGACGAGAAACUGAAGAGGUAUGACAACGAGUUCACCAGGUGCCUCAUGAGGUGCUGCAAGUGCUGUUUCUGGUGCCUUGAGAAGUUCCUCAAGUUCUUGAACAAGAACGCCUACAUCAUGAUUGCUAUUUAUGGCAAGAACUUCUGCAGUUCUGCCAAGGAGGCCUUCAAGUUGCUCAUGCGUAACGUGGUGCGGGUUGUUGUACUGGACAAGGUCACUGACCUGUUACUGCUUGUCGGAAAACUCGUCAUUGUUGGCAUUGUUGCUGUGCCAACCUUCUUUGUGUUUUCCCGCAAGGUGGACGCACUCAACAGCCACCUUCCUGAGCUCAAUUACUACAUGCUGCCCAUUCUGACCAUCUCUGUGGGUGCGUACAUCAUUGCAUCAAGCUUCUUCAGCGUGUACAGCAUGGCUGUAGACACACUAUUCCUCUGCUUUUUGGAAGAUUGUGAGAGGCAUGAUGGAUCGGAAGAGAAGCCGUACUACAUGUCCAAGGAGCUCAUGAAGAUUCUUGGAAAGCAGAACAGGUUGCAGGAUGCCGACAAGUGAACGCCCGCCCACUUCGGUGUGCUGCUGCACAGAGGCCUUUCUUGAAUUGCGCUUCCUUGGCACAAUUUGCCCAGCUUUUGCUUAGCAUUGAUUUGGAACAUGCACUCGUGACUUCAUAACUACGCCAUGAGUGGAAGGAAAUAUCUCGAGUUGUGCUCCUGGUUAAGCAAAACACUAGUUGUCCUGCACUGCGGACAGGAAACUGUGCAAGUGCACUGUGUGGCCUGGGUGUUUAUGUGCAUGCUGAUUGUGUAUAAUUUUGUGCACGGCUUUAUUUGUAGUGAAUGUUGCAUGGUUUAGCGUCUCGCUCCUAUUUGUGCUGCAACUGUCAGUGUGCAACAGAUGAAGCAGCUUAUUGCAUGCAUGUGCCAUUCUGGUAGCUUCAUGCUCGGCCACUCAUUUAACAAGCGCACAAGGCUGCACUGCCAUUCAUAUGUUAUUUUUAUUGAAACAGAGACCAUGCACUCGAAAUGCAUUGAUGCUCGCCUAGGUUAUGUUUGUACCAGCAAAGCAAUUUUGUCCCAAAAGUUAUCUGAUAAUGUUUGGAAAAUGUUUAGUCUAUACUCCCAAAGAAAGUGUCCCUCACAUGCUGUUUUGAACAAGUGUCGAAAGCGGCUGUAAAAGGCUUCUUUUUUUUACCAACUGCCAGUGUUUUUUAGGUAACCUCGACAGUUUUAUGCCAGGGCCCUUUUCAGGCUCAUAUGGGAAGCAAUCAGGAGAACACACUGAUGCUGCAUAUAGUAGUGUGAACUCAUAUAGUAGUACAUCACCUCAUUAUUUCGUGCGAGAGAUUUUACCAUUUGGAUGCCCAGACUUCGAGAUGACAAUAUGAGAGGGGGGAGAUGUAAAAUUUUUAGUCAACGGAUUAGCCUUGCCUUGUGGUGCAUGAUACCUGCGAACAAGGAAUUGAAACCAACAAACUAGAUGCAUAUACAGAGACAGCAAGUGCACAGGAACCAUCGUUUUAGCCUUGCCUUGUGGUGCAUGAUACCUCUGAACAAGGAAUUGAAACCAACAAACUAGAUGCAUAUACAGAGACAGCAAGUGCACAGGAACCAUCGUUUUUGGUUCCUCUGGCAUCAAAAAUGAUGCUUGUCUGACUUGAUGGUCUCAGUCUAUCUUGAUUGCCAACGCAAGGAAGGUCGUCAUCAGGACUUGGCUGCAUGUUUGGUUUCGCUUAACUUGGCAUUGAGGUUUCAUUUGUACAAGUCCUCGUGGAGAUAUUGGUGGCAGGUUGAUGGACCCAUUUCCAGGGUAUAGCUCGCAAAACUGUCGCAGUGUGGUCUCGUUGUUCACCGUGUCCCUUAUUAGUCUGGCAAAGUCUUUGCUUCAGGAAGGUUGCCCAGACCAUGUCUUCAGCGAAGUCCUGCCUGACUCGAAUAUUAUGUACCACUCGGAUACUCGUUUGCAAAAUAAUGCCUAAUUUCUCUCAUCAUCACAUGUGGUGUCUCAUUGCCUGUCUAGCCCUGUGUACCAGGCUUUGACACACUGCUGAUAAUUGACGUCCAUAUGGGUUUUGCUGCAUCCACUGAUUCGAAUCUGGAUCAUUUCAUGAGCUUAAGGUAGACGGCAGUAUUUCAGCGCUUAGUAAGGACGAGGACAAAGAAGGAGACAUACGAACACACAGGCGCUAUGUGUUCGUACGUCUCCUUCUUUGUCCUCGUCCUUACUAAGCGCUGAAAUACUGCCUUCAUGAUGAACCAACAAGCCCAUCUUGCCACUCUUAAGGUGGACAGAACUUUUGGGGCAAAGUAGUAUUGAUGUCGAUUGUGCAUUAUGAGAAACACUGGCAAUGUGUAGUCUUUAUGGAAAGUCAGGCCACAUAGCAUUGCCUGACCAGGCCGUGUCCUUUACCUCACCUAUCACGUGUGAGCACUGCAAAUUUGUUCUAUGCACCUUUUGGGAAAUGUAUGUUGCCAAAUCGCCUUCCUGUCUACAGAAGAAGCAUUUGUAAGUUGCACAUGGUUUGGGAUCUUAUUGGAAAGCAACACGGUGCACCUUGUAAAUUGUGCACCGUUAUGAAAGGAAACACUGCUUUUAAAGCCAGUAACUUUCCUUGUUCCCAUGCUGAAAUUUUAAACAAAAAUUGUAUGUGUGCAGGACUUUUCGAUGCCAGAACUAUAUAGCAAAUAGCUGUGAAUGAGGUUCUGACUUGCAGGAAUCUUGGUUUGCAUACAUCUUCAUGUGUCCCCUUUCGUACCGGUGCAGUGCUUAGCCUAGACCUGAGAAGAGCUUUAUGGGAAAUAAUAAAGCCAGUGGAAAGCUCCUGUCAUACCUUUGGGCAUUUGAUCAUACAGGCGUUGUGCCUUUUUGGUCAUUGUCCGUGAUUACCUUUUCUGCAAAAAAAAUGGGGACACAACACAAGUGGACUGGCUAGCAUCUAAAGAAUCAUCUUCGAGAACAUCACAAUAUGUACAGAGCGCUUGAAGGGCACUUGGCUGUGCAGCUUGUUAUUGUGCCGAGUUUGUCAGCUUGUGUGCAACAUACCUGUCAGAUAGUUGAGGCUUCACGAGAUCACAUGAGGCACUCGCUAAUGUGUUAGCACUCACUAUCCAUAUUGCUUUCAAGUGGCGACAGUUGAGAAUAUAACUUUGUGUUGUCUCCCCAAUUUUUUAAAUUUUUUUUGCAUGUGAAAAGUAAUCGUGGAUCGCCACCAUCUAGCCCAAACCCACACGUGGUCCUUGUGCAGCUGUAGGAUUCGGCCUGCUGUGCGACUGCUGGCAUUUAAUAGAGAAGGCAUUUCGAUUGAAAGUAGCUUGAAGCAUGCAGUUUUAUACUAAAAUUACCAGAGGAAGAUCUCACGCUGCAGUCAAUCAACCAUUGUGGGAAUCAUGGUCAUAUGUGAAUUUUUGUACGAUAUGGAAUGGAUUCAUUGUUGAAAUAUUUUACUGUUUACAGCGUCAUUUAAUGUUCUGUGUGGUUCAUUUAUGUUGUGUGCUGGCCUCGCAACAUUUGUUAGAGCUGUAGGUGUUUAAAAAUUCUGAGUGAAGUCAUUUCAUCACAAUUUACAGCGCAUAAAUUAUUCUUAGUGCUCUUAAAUACAUUUGUCACUAGUAUAGAUGUCUUAGCAAAACACUCAUCAUGGGUAAUUAUUUAUAUUGCCUUUGUAAUAUCCUGAAAACUGUAAUAGCAAUUAUAUAGGCUAAUAAUGAUUGUUGUAAAAGUGAAACUUCAAGAAGGUUGUUGCAAAGGUGAGAGGCCCACCAUGAACAGCAGCCAUACUUGUAAUUUUAGUGUGAAACUACAUUGCUUGAAUGGCACAUGAUUAUUUUGGCCCGUUAGUUGUUUUUUCUAGUAUUGGAGGCACCCUGCGUGCCAACUGUUGGCACUGCAUGUGCAACUCGGAGCAUGCAGCAAGAGUGCAUGAUACUUUUCUAUGAACACUUGUGUCAUGUUAAUACUAUAGAUAUUUUUUUUGACAGUUCAAUAGAUCCUGGGGGUUGAACCUGUUCAGUUGCGCUGAAUCCACAGGGUUUAGUUUAACUAGGGGUUUUCUUCAAAUCUUUGUUGCCUUUGUUACAGUCAACCAAGUUCUUUGAACUUAAUUUUCAUGACAGAUAUCUGUAUCAAGAUCCUCAGAUAUCAAUGGACCAGUUGAUAUAAAGGAAAGCCUGAUAGCAAUGCCAACACUUGUGCCAAUAACUCAGUGAGAUAACUACUUGAAUUUCAGCCAUGUAAUACAAUAUAGAAAUUAGGAAGUUUCUGUGAUGGAUGUUGGCUGCAGUGAAGUAGCAUAGAAUACGUUUUCUGGUUGGAAGGUUUUCCUCAAGGUUGUUAGUCAUAGCUAAUUGACAGUGCAAAAUAAAACCAGGAGGGGAAAGACAACACAGGAUGAGCACUGACUGCCAACAAAAUGCAUUUAUUCUGUGUGCACAUAUGUAUAUGCCCACGAAACAGCGAGGGGGGGAAGUGGGCUCAGGCACGUGUGUCAAGAUGUUAAAAACUUGAUCAGUGGCUUAGAUAUGGCCUUGUAAGGUACAUCGCGAUUCCUUGCAGUGCAUGGAAAAAGCUUUGCAGAUCUCACGUACUCGCUGGUCUUGGAUCUGUGCAGAACAUGUGCGUAUUGAAGUAAAGGCAGGCACCCACAUUUGGUGCAGUGAAUUUCUCCUGCUCUUGGACUUGAGGUUAGUGGAGUGCAGGCGGUCAACGACCCAUUUGUCCAAUGUACGAGCCUCGUACACAUGGCUCUCGCAAGGCACAAAGUUCGUGGCAACUGUCUGUUCUCGGGAAGAAUAGCGUUAACCCUCUUGCGUAACGGCCCUAAGUUGUUCAGCACCCUCUAGAUUAUUCCCAUUAUUAUAUGUAAUAUCGCCGGGACUAUAUAAUAUAUCCAUAACUGAUCAAUUGUUCUGAAUGUUUAGCCCAUGCACAGUUUAAAGAGCCCAAGCCCCCUUCUCUAUCCCCCUCCCUGUUUCGUGGGCAUCUAUAUAUACACACACAGAUUAAGUAUGUUUUGUUGGCUCGUCCUUUGUCAUCUUUCUUGUCCUGGUUUUAUUUUGCGCCAUUUUUUAGCUACAACUCAGUACCAACUAGCUCGAGUUCAGACCCUUUUAUUAGUCGUGUUAUACUACCUGACAAUGUCUUUGUACCUAUAAUGUCAAGGACACUUAACAGGGAGUUUCUGGAGAAAGCAUACCCAAGUGAUAUUGCUUAGGCAGAAACUCGAAUUCUACUGCAGGCACAUUCUUAUGUACUCUCUCUGCAUUCUUUUGUGUGCCCAGUGUCCACUAACUUUGGGUCCAUUAUUGAUAUAACUCUCUAUUUGUGCAAAUUUGUGAUAUGCAGUGUUAGCUAUUAUGUUAAGAGGUCGAUGCUGAGCUAUGGUCGAAAUUGGAAUGACAGCGUACUAAAACAUUUGCUAGGCUGAAGAUUGGAAAAGCGAGCCGGAGUGUACUUUUUUAUGUUGUUGAUCAUACUGACAUUGUUGCACUUUGCUGAAACCAAUAUGUGGGACAAUGUUGUUUGUUAUCCAGUUUUAUUGAUUGCCAUUUGCAGGAAAAGAGAUGGAUUGUGAUCUACCUGUAAUUUUCUUCUGUUGUAAUUGAAUAACCUGUUGUGCAUACUUUGGUGUGUGCAAUUGCGGAAAAGAUAUGUUAGGUCAGUGUCCUUGUACCUACAGCUUGCACAAGGAAUGGCAUUAACAGUUGUUGCUGAUCCUGCAAUUAUGUACACUGCCUGUUGUCACGCUGAGCCUGAACAUAUGCCAAAGUUGUGCACUUUUCUUGCUGUAAUAAAGAUGAAAAAAGGCC